UUUGUUAAUGACAUGGAAUUAUCUACCUUGAAUUACACUCAAUAUUUUAAAGAAAAUUGGGAAUAAUUGUAUCUGCAAUAACAAUUUACACGAGGCGUAGGACCGUGUAUAUUUUUCUCCCUCAAGUUGAAGUCACGCCUGCAUUGAUAUGAAUGCAAUUGCCUAUUUAUUACGCACGAAUUGCGCACCAGUUAGAAUGGGAAAAAAGGACCCGAAAUAUAAUAGCCUAAUUCUUCUUAUAAUUUUGAACGUAAGGGGAAAGGUAUGUUUUCCACCAACCAUUCUGUAUAGGCCCAGGAUAAAUUGUAGACGCAUCUUAGAAACCCUAUUCAAUUGAAUCUUCUAACUUUUGGUGAUUGUUUUAUGUAACUAGGUCUAAUAUAUAUAUAUAUAUCCUGAAACGAUCUGUUCACAUCAACACUGGUGGAACUUAAAAACAAAACACUGAUAGGCCUUUAUACAGUAAAACAUAUAAAAUAAACUGUGUUACUGGAAUAUUAAUCAAAUGCGUUAAACGCUCUAGAAAAACAAAUAAUUGAAGUAAAACACACUUUGGCAUAUUAAAACUGGUUAACCUUUUAAAUAGAUUGUAGGCAAGCAAAUGUCCUUAUGCAACUGCUGGUGCCACAGCAGCUACAGUGAUUUGACAGAGGCCUGUCGGUUGGUCUAUGGCAAAUAGUCUAAAGUUUGACCUCUUAUGAAAAUCAGUUUGCCAAACAAACGUAGGCCUAACCGAGAGUGGUGCUGAUAUAUUCUAUGCGACCAUUGGUUUAUUCCCGAAUCUGUUGACGAAUACCUAGAAGUGGCUUUCCAAGUGGCAUCGAGUGAGUUCCAAGAAAUAAUCAUAUUUAUCGAACUAUUUGCUAACAUUGUUUUAAUGUUAGCCUGUCUUAACAAUAUUUUUUUUAAAUAGAUUUCAUUUCGGUUAUACCCAAGUAAGUGAUUGUAAAAUAUUUAUCUACCCGUUUGUUCACUCCUCCCAUGGCUGUCUUUACACAAAGCUCUCCGCUAGAGAGCGCCCUUGCACCGUCUUAAAGCCCCUUUGCUUACCAACUUGACCACGCUGACGUCAUCCCAGCCUGGCGCCUCAAGGCCACUUCCACACUGCUAUUGGUCUGAAAAUCACAUGACAUGGAGCUCCAAGAAUCCAUAAUUAUGUUGCUGAUAUUUUUGGCCCCCAAAAUAUGUCAGCUUCCAACUGUCCUUAUUCUCCUCCAGAAAACCUUUACUACAGGAACAGAAACGGGGGGAAAACAACAACAAUACAAAUAAUGUCAUGCCAGGAUAACAUGGCUGCGGGUCAUUUCCUUAUGGAUUCUUUGAUGGGAGGAUCAUCUUCCUAUAGAGGCGAAUGCUACUCCAACAGCAACCAUGGAAUGUACAUCCACCCGGCUGCAUCUGAGUAUGGAUGCUCAAUGAUGAGACAUUUUGGAGUAGUUGGAUCGAAAAAAGACGAGGUUCCUCUGAGCAGCCACCCUCUCGGCUCCUACCAAGAUGCGCCUUACCUGUCAUCCCAACUGGGCACAUGGACCUCGGCUUCCAAAACUAACAGGGACGAGCAACCUGUUGCCCAGUCCAGUUUACAACCGUGUUCGUUUCCAACCGACAACGUCAAAGAGGAGGCGUUCUGUUGUCUGUAUCAGGGUGACAGUAGCAGCAGGGCUAAUAAGGAUUCUACAGAGUCGGCUACUUACAUCCGGCUUGGGAACAAUAGUAGCAGCCAGACCGACCAAACCGCUGUCUCGGCGACGUCCGAAUGUUAUGGAGGAGAGAAACAGGUAUACCCCAGAGGGAGCAGGGGACAGCGAAAAGAGCAGGUCGGGACAGGCUUUGCUUCUUUGGACCAGGUGACGACAUCUGUUGAAUCACCCAGAGAAUCAACGGUUAAAAUGAGCAAAUCUACCCAGGAGACAGUCAGCGAGGAAAUGCGCAACGAAAAGGCAAAACAGGGAAAGAGCAUGAAAGAGGAAAGCGCAAAGACUGACAGUUGUUCUGAUAACUCCGACAGCGAAUUGAAAGAUGAUUUUACACUGGAAAAUGCUCCAGGAAACUGGUUAAAAGCAACAAGUGGACGGAAGAAGAGAUGCCCGUACACAAAGCACCAGACGCUCGAGCUUGAAAAGGAAUUUUUGUAUAACAUGUACCUGUCUCGCGAGCGCCGCCUGGAGAUCAGUAAGAGUAUCGAUCUGACCGAUAGACAAGUCAAGAUCUGGUUCCAGAACCGAAGGAUGAAACUCAAGAAACUCAAUAAGGAAUGUCGUGGACGGGAUCAUAUGGCAGUCCACAACUACACUUAAAAUGAUUUGAUCUAUAAUACACAUACACAUACACAUACACAUACACAUACACAUACACACACAAAGUGUGCCUUCAUACAAGGACAAUAUUUCAACGAUGCCCAAGAGUACAUUACUUUAUCAAGGAGGGACUUGGUUUCGGGUCAGCAGUUGAGUUUGCCUUUGAACACAUGAAAAUUGAAUAGAGGUGCCGGUUGCCCUGCCAAUAUAGAACUGCUAGAACUUCCGGAAUGAAAACAGACAUUGUUUGUUUUGGAAUGUUUCCUCAUUCCGUUGCUUCAUCUUGUUGUCUUUAGUUUAGUUGCUUCUGCUAUGUAGGCCAUGAUAGGCUAUUCGCACUGUCUGCAUGCACAUUGUUGCUUGCGUCAUAUAAGACCCGUUGACGAUUCCUAAAGGAAAACCGUGUCCAAUAGAAUAAAGGAGGGGAUUUUAAAUGAAAUAUAUAACAUAUAGCUUGUUAGCACUCUGAGAAAGGAAAAGACAGAGGGGAAGAGAGAGAGAGGCUGCAGAUGAGAGUGGGAAGAUCAUGGCCGUUUUAAUAGAAGAGAUUGGUUUAAAUAGUAUCCAGGUGACCACAGUAAGUCAAGGUCAUAAAAGUAUUAUGUCAGGAUCGUCUCGUGGUAGAAGCAUGAGCUCGGGGUGGAUUUUAUGAUCUGCAAAUAUAAUGUGCUAGCUGGCUGCUGCAGUAAAGAUGCAUCGUUUAAACGUGUGUGGAGGAGAGGGCUAGGCUAGUCUACAGAGUGGAGAGUGUCUGCUUUGUACUGGAGUCACCAACACGCUCGACGGGCUCCCUCUGCUAUGUAGCCUGCCGCCUACUUAUUUGACGAUACAGGGCUGUUUGUUAUCUCGUCAAGAAACGAAAAGGAUGGAUGAUAAACAACAACAACAGAAACAUCAAAGACAGCUUGAAUAAAUAAGGACCACCACGACAGAGUGUCUCCGGGGAAAUUCAAGGUAGGACACAAAUAGGUACGUAUUAUUAACUCAGCUGUGAUUUUUGACACGCCUGUCUGCCGGUUGGUCUGCCAGUGGAGCUUGUUUGACAGCGCUCUCGAGCAUGCGAGAUGGGAUGGGUUGUCUGAUUAAACCGAUUGAUUUGACGUUCUUCUUUUGGGAACAUUUUGAGCAUUUUGAACCAGACAUUGGUUUUGUUAUUGCUGUGUUGAUAUCGAUUAUGUUUACUAUGUCUAAAUAGUUUUCCCUUUAUUAGUUGGGCAUUUUCAGACACCAUUUGUUAUUAUUCUGCGGUUUAACAGUAAGCUAUUUCAAUGUCCUAAUUUGCUGUUGGUUCUCAAUGUUGUACACACUUAUUUAGGAUGACAGUGACAAUGAUAAUAAUACAUUCGGAUGAACGAUUUCUUUUUGUUUCAUUAUGCUGGUAAUAGCUAUGUUAUGGUUGACAGACAAUAAAAUCCUUACCUGGC